UCUUCUUGUUCGCUUGUUUUGUUUUGUCGUUAUUUGUUUAUGAUUGGCAUUGUGUUCAAAGUUUUGUGUUUUUUAAUCAUUAAUAAUCUGUGGUUAGUUAAAUAUGGCGUGUAGCAAGAGUACUUAUGACUGGAACAGGGAGGACACCACCCUACUUAUACAAUUGUAUGAGCAGUAUCCAUGUCUGUAUUUAACAACUUAUAAAGGGUACCAUGACAGAAACCAGAGAAGUAAGGCUUUUCAAGCAAUAGCUGAAGAAUUUAACAAAAAAAAACUCUCAUCAAAUGAGUUAACAGGUGAAAUUAUUAAAAAGAAAAUCCAUGGUAUAAGAACCCAGUUUUUGUCUGAAAUUUCAAAAAUAAAAAAAAGUGAGGUAUCAGGGGCUUCGCAUGACGAUGUAUAUACACCCAAAUUAUGGUGUUUCGACCAGUUAGUUUUUUUGCAGCAGGGAUCGGAGGUGGUCAGCAGUGGAGAGUCGAAUUUAAUGCUUCCUUCAAAUAUAUGCACUACAUCAAUACUUGAAGAUGAGCUCGAUUCUGAAAUAAUAUACGAGGGAGAUGUGGAAGAUUUGAGGGAUAAUGUUUUUUCACCGACAAAUGUUUUGUCUCAACCCUUACCUUCAGGAUCCAGUUCCCAAAGUUCCUUUACUCCACAAACUGGCCGGGGCAAAAAAAGGAAACAAUCCAGGGAAUCAGAAGAACAACUGUCAGGACUAUUUUCGACUGCUGUAUCAGCAUUGGAAGGGCUAAACAAGGCUGAAACAACUGGCCUAAAACAUUUGGCUUUUGCAAGAUAUGUGGCAGAAGAAAUGGAGAAAAUUGAUGAUGAAGGCCUUUUGGAUGAUUUAAAGGAGUCAAUCAU